GGUAUUCUGAAAAGUCUCAUAAGUUUCCACUUAAAUAUCCUCAUAAGUUACCCAUUUAAUGGAGCGCUAAUAGACCUCCAAAUUCGUAUUCUGAAAACUCUAUUAGCGCUCAAUUAACUCCCUUUAGGCCACUCCCCACUCAAACUGAUUUGACCAAUCAGACGCGCUCUUACAAUGUAGAAUCGUCUGCUUUACGCGCUGCGUCUUUCCCGUGUACAGACACCGCGGUGCGGCUACCCUGCUGUUGUUGUACUGUGUACAAAACGCGUAGAACAACAUACACGAGUAUUAUCUAUUACACUCACGGGUAUGACCUAUCGUCAUCUCUCUCUUCUUUCCGCCGCAUUCUCCGUCGACUUACACAGUGUUUCAAGAAAAACUUAUUUUACACGGUGUCGAUCACAGUUAUGCCGAAGGCAAAAUCAGUGAAAACCAACAGGAGAAGUGAGAAUUUCACUCAAGAUGAGAUUGAUAUCCUAAUCAGAGAGUGCAUAUCAAGAAAAGGGACUCUUUGUGACCCUCUUAGUGCAAAUUUGACACACAAUAUGAAAAUGCAAGCUUGGAAAAAUAUUUCAGAGGCGGUUAGCUACGCUGCAGGAAACCAGCGAUCCGUCGAGGAGCUAAGGGUUAAACUUAGCAACCUAAAAUCCUCUGUCAAGAAAGCCUACAACCACAGGAAGAGAUUGAUGGGGGGUACUGGAGGUGGACCACCACCCGCUCCUCUCGAGCAGUGGCAAGAGUUGUUAAUCGAUUUCAUAGGUGAGGAAGCGCUUGAUGGAGUGUUAGGUGGAGUCGAGACACCGACAGGGUUCUCAGAGAUGGCAGCAGACACUUCAAGUUCAAAUAAAGCAUGUGAAUUAGGGGCCCUUACGACUUUAGCCAGCCUAGCAACGGGCAGAAAGAAGAUGUCAUAUGAUCCCAAGUCCAUGUCGGAUAUGUGCAUCGAAUAUGAAGAGACUGCUUCUUCUCAAUCUGCAUCUUCAUCCAAAUCUAAGUCAUCUACUCCAGAUAAAUUACCAUCAAGAAAGUCACCAUGCAAGCCAGAGACGAAAGCAAUGGCUGAGUGGCUCGAGGCUGAAAAGGAGAGGCUUUCCCUGAAGCGACAGGAGAUUGAUGAACAAGUUAGACACAACACAAGAAUGGAGGAGCUAGCGGCAGAACGGCUCACUUUGGAAAAGGAGAAGAGAGAUAUGCUCAGGUUCCUCAUAACUUCCUUUUCUAGUACCACAAAUACCGUCCAGUUACUUCCUGCAAAUUAUAUCUGAAAUCAUCAACGGAUCAUCAGCAGUAUUCAGCACCUUAUAACUCAAAAUUCUGUGAUAUCA